GGUUCGGGCGACGUGGAGAGCGCGCGCGUACUUCAAAAUCGGAGCGAGGCUCGAACGUCGUAUCAGAAGGACUGGGAGACAAUUAAGGGGAUACCGAAGCGGCCGGGGGAGCGGAUCGUUGGGGUAGCCGCUGGAGCGACAAGUGGUCGGACCUACCCAAGAGUCGGUGAUGACGGACGUCGACUCAGCGGUUCGCAAGCAUUGAUACAGCUCUUGAAAGUCGCCAUGAUGAGCAUUCGGAAAUUGUACCUGCUCGUCAGCGCCGCCUCGGCCGUCCUGACCUUGGGAAAUUCAACGCCACUCUCCGAGGCCAACGAGCCGAGAAAUGCGCAUCUACUACGGUUCGCGAGGGAACUGCCCACACAGCGAACCGAGGAGAGCUUGAGAAGCUGCCUUGUCCAAUCUGGCUUCCAAAACGUGCACUGCAACACCGAGAACGGAUUCGUUCGCUGCCUUAGCGGCGGUUUCGACCACACCCCAACUGGGAACAUCAUCGCCACUGCGCUGGGCGUGGCCAUCGGCGUCAUUUGCGUCGCCGCGUUUGGAUGCUGCUGCUGGACCAUGAGCGGGAGGCGAAAGGAAGCGGCAGCCGCAGCUGCUGCUGCAGUCCAGCAGGUGCCACACGCGUCACGGCGGCCUCCGGUCAGAGGAAACACGUCCAUUGGAUUCAUCAACUCGAUGGCGACACCGGCCACCAUCGGCAGUGGAUUUCACAGGCUGUGAAGAACUCAUUGACAAUUACACUCAUUACGGCAAGCGAAGCAUAGUCAUAGGAUAUGUGAAUUUUUACUUUGUUCAGUUUGUUUUCUGUAUAUAGUGUUUAAAUGUUUCAUAUUUUGUUUUGGUAUGCAUUGUGAUACACCACUGCUGUUGGUGAACAUCCUCAAUAAACAAACAAACAAAUGAACAAACAAACAAAGCAAGCGGUUAUGGAUGCUGACCUUA